CUCAAAGAAGGCACUAAAGCACCAACGUAUGAUGGUGCAUGGUUCAUCCGGUGAAAUGAAGACAGAACCUCGGGGCAUACACGCAGGCCAAUCCAGACCAUCAAAGAUGGUGGGUCCCAUUGAUGUUUUGAAAACGAGGGACAUGGGUAUUUGUGAAGGUUAGCGAAAGAAUUACAGAGGAGGAGAGCAGCAGCCGCAGCUAUACAGGUAGUAGAUAACAACACCCAACAAGACUACUAUCAUUAGAAAAGAAAAAGCGGGUUGUCGUCGCUGCGUUCAUGGCGAGUUGGGUCUUAGCCCCACAUCCGCCUUCUCAGGUUCAGCUAUUUCACGGCCGCCGACAACGACGCCAUCAUCAUCUUCGAGCUAGAGGCUCCAACUUGAGAAUUGCCUGUUGUUCCGAAGACGAUACCGGUAGGAAACCAACUGAACCUGUCAGUAUUCAGCUCUACAAUGACAUCGAAAGAUUAGUUACAGAAACUGCAAAGCUAUCCAAUUCCAAUGGCACUUGGGGUGCUGCCACAGAUUGGAGUGAAAUUGAGGGAGCAUGGGUGCUGAAACCAAGAAAGUUGAAACCAACAUCGGUUGUUCAUUUUAUUGGCGGUAUUUUUGUUGGGGCUGCCCCUCAGCUUACGUAUCGUUUGUUUCUCGAACGUCUUUCAGAAAAGGGUAGUUUGGUAAUUGCAACACCAUUUGCUAGUGGAUUUGAUCACUUCUUCAUUGCAGACGAAGUACAAUACAAAUUUGAUAGGUGUCUUCGGGUUAUACAAGAUUCUGUUACUGGCCUCCCAACUUUUGGUGUUGGCCAUUCUUUGGGAUCUCUUAUCCACCUUCUGAUUGGAUCAAGGUAUGCUGUGCAAAGAAGUGGAAAUGUAUUAAUGGCAUUCAACAACAAGGAGGCGAGCGAGGCCAUCCCACUGUUUUCUCCAGUUAUUGUCCCAAUGGCUCAAGGCUUUGGUCCACUUCUCUCCCAACUCACGUCAUCUCCAACAAUUCGCCUUGGGGCAGAAAUGGCUAUGAAGCAGUUGGAGAACCUAAACCCCACCAUUAUGAAACAAGUUCUGCCUUUGGUUGAGCAACUUUCUCCCCUGUAUGUGGAUUUAGCUAAGGGAAGAGAAGAUUUCAUUCCUAGACCAGAAGAAACUCGCCGACUGAUAAAGUCCUACUAUGGUAUUUCUCGGAAUCUUCUGGUACAGUUCAAAGACGAUUUAAUCGAUGAGACACCUACAUUAGCUCAGGUGCUGACCUCAGAGUCUGCCAUAAGUUCAAUACUAGACAUGUCGGUUCGCAUUUUGCCUGGGGAUCAUGGGCUACCUUUGCAACAGGCUUUACCAGAUGUCCCACCAGCUAUGGCGGAUGCUGUCAAUCGGGGAAGUGAGCUUCUCUCAAAUCUGACCAGGGGCACACCAUGGGAAACAGUGGGAAAAGAAGUAGGCAACACUUUUGGCACAGACUCAACAAUCAUUCGAGCACAGCUUUCCAAGGAUUUCGACCUGCUUGUGGAUGAGACCACAUCAUGGAUGUCUUCAAACUCCAGUCCGAGACUUCUUCAAUCGUAGAACUUGGUGUCCAACAAGAAUGUAAGUACGCAAGCAAAUCCAAACCCGUCAUCAAUCUACAUUUCAAUAAUCUAGGGACAUCCACAGCCGUAUUGAACUUGUUGUCAGACAUGGAGUAAUGUAAGUAGAGCUAUUCUGCCAACAAAGUCUAGAUCACCAUGCCCCUAAAACCCAAAACAUGGUAAGGCUUAGAUUUGCAAUUGCACGGUGUUAACCACAGGAUCCAACAUGUUAUUACUUAUCAACA